AUGGUGAAUCUGUAUUCCAAAAACCAAGCCCUUGGGUCAAGGGGCAGAAGAUCUUCGUCCUUUGACAGAAGAAGGUCUCGUUCUCGUCAUGACUCCGUCACAUCUCUUGACUCAUCUGCUAGUUUCUUAAUCGAUGAGAAUAACAGUGAAAUGUACUCUGGUGCAGCUUCAGAGGUUAUUCCUUCGUCGAUUUCAUCGUUACAUUAUCCUCAUCACUUUGGACAUUUCAGAUCUCGUGGAGAUUCUAAUAUUUCUCGAGAAACUUCACCAUUAUUGGCAGCUGAUGAGAAUGACCUCGAUUUAAGAUCGGUCCAUUCAAAUGCUUCAGUUAAUUCAUACGAUACCAAGGCUAAAUUCAAAUUCUUUUCUCCUGAUGAAAUUGAAAUGGCCCAAGGUGGUUCAACUUUAGAAAAUCCAGAAGAUCCAGUCGAUUAUAAUACCAAUUGGGAUUAUUCUGUUGAUAAGUUUGAAGAAAUGCCUGCCGAAAAUGAAGCUGUGUUUUCUAACCAAGAUGAAAUGUUACUUGAUGACGCCACCAGCAGUCGUUUUCAAUCACCAGAACCAUCAAGUUAUGGUGCAUUAAAUUUCGAUAGACAUAGACGUGACUCAGAUAAUAGUAGUACUAAAUUAGAUGAUGAAGAUAGACAAGAGAGCACUAAAGUGAAUAGCGAAUUCAAUAAAGAAUAUCCAGCUAAAUUAAAUUAUCAAAGAUAUUAUCUUGCUGAAGAAGAUUUGGUUAUUGGUAUUGCUGGUUAUUCUAACUGUUUGUGGAAAAGGGCCCUUUAUUACGUUAUAUGUUUAGUGACAGUUGGUUUAGGAUAUCUUGUAUUAAGAUGGUUCCCAAAAUAUAGAGUCAAUUUAAUGGGUAAUAGAAGUCCAUUGGGUUUGUCAGACUGGUGUGUUAUUGAAAAUGAAUUUGGUGAACUUCAAAUUGUUCAUAUUGAAAAGAAGAGAUUGAAUGAACCAUUAUCAAGUUUCAUAAAUUUAUCUCCCAGAGACAAUGAUAAUGGUGCGGAUAUUAUACCCAACAAAGAAAGUGACCCAAUAAUUCCAUUCAUCCAAUCUUUCACUUAUAGAUAUUUAAAAUUCUUCUAUGAUCCAGUGGAAGAUAUCUUUAGAACUAAUAGUAAUUGGUAUGAUUUACGUUGGUUGAAUGUCAAAAGUACAAAAGAUGGUGUCUCACAAUCUUUACAAGAAAGAAGAUUGGAUAUUUUUGAUGAAAAUAGUAUUGAAGUUAUCCUGAAGUCUGUGGUUCAAUUAUUAGUUGAUGAAGUUUUACAUCCAUUCUAUAUAUUCCAAGUGUUUUCAAUUUUUCUUUGGUUAGCUGAUGAUUAUUACUACUAUGCAUCUUGUAUUUUCUUGAUCUCAAUGAUUUCAAUUGUGAAUACCUUGAUUGAAACAAGGUCAACCAUUCAAAGAUUGAGAGAUAUCUCAAGAUUUUCAUGUGAUGUCAGAGUUUGGAGAAAUGGAUUCUGGAAACAAAUAGAAUCAAAAUAUCUCGUCCCAGGUGAUGUAUUUGAAGUUGAUCCUUCUUUAAGUAUUGUUCCAUGUGAUGCUUUGUUGAUUAAUGGAGAAUGUGUCAUAAAUGAGUCUAUGUUAACAGGAGAAAGUGUUCCAGUAUCAAAAGUGGCUGCAACUCAAGAAACAGUCAAAUAUUUACCAGAAAAUUUCACUCAUCCAACAUUAUCAAAAUCAUUUUUGUAUAAUGGUACGAAACUUUUAAAAAUGAAAUCAUCAAAUGAUGAACCAGUCACUGCUAUGACCAUCAAAACGGGGUUUAAUACUACUAAAGGUUCAUUGGUGAGAUCAAUGUUGUUUCCAAAACCUACCGGUUUUAAAUUCUAUGAAGAUUCAUUCAAAUAUAUUGGAUUUAUGACAAUCAUAGCUGCAGUUGGUUUUACUUAUUCGACAUAUAAUUUCAUUCAAUUAGGAUUAAGUACAAGAGUCAUGAUUUUAAGAGCAUUAGAUAUCAUUACUAUUGUUGUUCCUCCAGCUUUACCAGCUACAUUGACUAUUGGUACAACAUUUGCCAUCAAUAGAUUAAAGAAACUUGAAAUCUUCUGUAUUGCCCCAACUAGAGUUAAUAUUGGAGGUAAAUUAGAUGUUAUAUGUUUUGAUAAGACAGGUACAUUGACUGAAGAUGGAUUAGAUGUAUUAGGGAUUCAUGUGGCUAAUAAUGCUGAAGGUAGAAAAGAAAUCAUCUUUGAAGAUAUGGUUAAAGAUGUUGAUGAUUUACAACAACCAAGAACAGGAUUAUUAUCAAAAAGUGCUCAUGAUUCAAAUAAUGGACCAUUUUUCCUUGCUGGAUUGAUCACUUGUCACUCAUUAAGAUUGAUUGAAGAUGAAUUAUUGGGUGAUCCAUUAGAUAUUAAAAUGUUUGAUUUCACCAAAUACAAAUAUCGUGAAGAUGAAGUCAAUAACAAAUCAAUUCUUUAUAAGGAUGGUCAUACCGAUAAUUUUGUGAUUUUGAAAGAAUUAGAAUUCAUAUCAUCAUUAAGAAGAAUGUCAGUCAUUACUGAAUCUAAUGAUGAAUAUUAUUUAUUUACAAAGGGAGCUCCAGAAGUAAUGUAUGAUAUUUGUGAACCUGAAUCAUUGCCUACCAAUUAUGAUGAAUUGUUGCAUCAUUACACUCACAGUGGUUACAGAGUUAUAGCUUGUGCUUAUAAAUCAAUCCAUGAGAAAUCCCUCAAUCAAUCUCGUGAAAGUUUAGAAUCGAAAUUAACAUUUACUGGUUUUAUUAUCUUUGAAAAUAAGUUAAAACCAUCCACUAAGGAUACUUUGACUGUUUUGAACAGAGCUGAUAUUAGAACUAUAAUGUGUACAGGAGAUAAUAUCUUAACUGCUAUUAGUGUUGCUAAAGAAUGUGAAUUGAUUCAACCUCAUAUUGAACAUGUGUAUAUACCUAAUUACGAUGAAUCUAGUCAACAAAUUGUAUGGGAAGAUGUUAAUGAUUCCGAUAAUAAAUUAGAUUCAGUGACCCUCAAACCUAUCAUCAAUGAUAUUAGACAAGUGGAUAAUUCUCCAGGAUUGAAUAAUUAUAAAUUGGCCAUUACCGGUGACAUAUUUAGAUACUUGUUAACUGAAGUUAAAAGUGUUUCAAUGAUUAAUUCAGUGUUAAUGAAUUGUGAUAUUUUUGCCCGUAUGUCUCCUGAUGAAAAACAUGAAUUGGUUGAACAAUUACAAAAGAUUGAUUAUACAGUUGGGUUUUGUGGAGAUGGUGCUAAUGAUUGUGGUGCUUUGAAAGCUGCUGAUGUUGGUAUCUCUUUGUCGGAAGCUGAAGCCUCUGUGGCAGCUCCAUUUACAUCAAGAAAGUUUGAAAUUUCAUGUGUUUUGGAUGUUAUAAAGGAAGGUAGAUCAAGUUUGGUUACUAGUUUUUCAUGUUUUAAGUAUAUGUCGUUAUAUUCUGCUAUUCAAUUUAUCACCGUUACUAUCUUAUAUAAACGUGGUACUAAUCUUGGAGAUUUUCAAUUUUUAUAUAUUGAUUUAAUAUUGAUCUUACCUUUGGCUAUCUUUAUGUCAUGGUCUAAACCAUUUCCACAAAUAAUAUCCAAGAGACCAACUGCUAAUUUAGUUUCACCCAAGAUUUUAAUACCAUUAAUUUGUCAUAUAACCAUCAUAUUAAUCUUCCAAUUAAUUUUAUGGUUGAUGGUUCAACAUGAACCAUGGUAUAUUAAACCUGUUCCCGAUGAUGAUGAACAUGUCAAAUCUACAGAUAAUACCAUUUUAUUCUUAUUCUCCAACUUUCAAUAUAUUUUAAUUGCAGUGGUAUUAAGUCAAGGUCCACCUUAUAGAGAAUCAAUGAUUAAAAAUAUGCCAUUUAUUAUUAAUUUAGUAGCAUCUACUUUACUUUCAGCUAGUUUAUUCUAUAUUGAUGGUGAUUCAUGGUGGGGAGAUUUCAUGCAAUUAACCAAUAUGUCCAUUAAGUAUUAUUGGUUAUUAAUUGUGUUUGGAAUAGUGAAUUUGUUAAUUAUGAUGUAUGGUGAAGAGAAAUGGUUUGCAAAAUUUGCAUUUUAUUAUAAGAGAGUAUUCCAUAAGCUGAGACUCACUAAAAGUAAAAAAUUAUUUAAGAAUUUAAAGAGGGAAUUUACUACCAUACAAUCAGUUUAG